AUGCAAGCGAUGAGCGCGAACGCGAGCGCGCCCAGAGCGCCGCAACGCUCGCCCUUUGCGAUACAAGAGUUGCUGGGGCUUUCAGACAACAGAGAAAGUAGAGACCGAUACUUUGAGAACCGCGACGGAGAUAGAGUACUGAACUUGUCAGAAAACAGAGAGCCAAGGUCUGCGUACACGCCACAGUUCCCCCUGCCGGCCUCGAUGGCGAGCCGGGUGGCCUACGCUGCCGCUUUCAAUGCUCAGGCCGCUGUAGCGGCCGCGUUCCUACCGGGGCCCCCGCUAUUACAUCCCCCACCUGGGUUCCCGCAGAUCAAGUCGCCCUACAGCCCGACUGCGCAGCCGCACCUCACUGUUACACUGCUAUUUAAAGUUAAGAAAUACGAGCGUAUGAUGCUGCAAGCUGUUCGACAAUUUUAUUCAGGUGUAUCCUCCCUAGAAGCAGCGAAAGACUUUACAGUUGAUGGUCUCACUGGAUACAAUGGGAAGAAAAAGAAGAAAAAACGCAGACAUAGCAGGACGAUCUUCACCUCGUACCAGCUGGACGAGCUAGAGAAAGCUUUUAAAGACGCACACUACCCGGACGUGUACGCGCGGGAGAUGCUCUCAUUGAAAACUGAUCUACCCGAAGAUAGGAUACAGGUCUGGUUCCAAAACCGUCGAGCUAAAUGGCGUAAAACGGAGAAAUGUUGGGGACGGUCCACCAUCAUGGCGGAGUACGGUCUCUACGGCGCCAUGGUACGCCACUCGCUGCCUCUCCCCGAGACUAUCCUGAAGAGUGCGAAGGAGAACGACAACGUGGCACCCUGGCUGCUAGGCAUGCACCGCAAGUCAUUGGAGGCGGCGCAGCACCUGAAGGAGUCGGGGUCGGAGCGAGAGGGCUCGGAGGCAGAGGGAGAGUGCGCGCCCUCCGCUUCACCGCGGCAUGACGUUCAUGAUAACCAGGCACAGAGCUCCCCCGGCAGCAGCACGACGGCGUCGUCGUCCGCGAAGGGUCGCGCGUCCCCCGACGGCCGCGAGCUGUACGAGGAUCCCGAGGCCUUCCGCAACAACAGCAUCGCUUGCUUGCGCGCCAAGGCCCAGGAGCACCAGGCCAGGCUACUCUCCAACAACCUUCUCCUUCAGGUGCGUGGCUUGCAGCGGGCAAGCGGUGCGCCGAGUGUGACGGAGGACGACGGCCCGACAGACAUAGACGUAGGCACCGAGCCGCCUCCACUCGACACAGCGCGUCUCUAC